AUGCCAGCUGAAACCGUUACUGCAAGGUAAGGAUCAUUAUCCACUUGAUUUGUCUAUGAUGCAUAUUACAAGUCCCAACCUCCUUUAAGAGACUGUAUCACAGUUUGCUGUUGGGGAGCCAGAGGGGGUCAGCAUGCUUGCUUUGUUCUACUGGUAGUUACAACUCAAAAAAAUUAUUUGAGCUAUAAGGAGGCCAGUGCCCACUUAAAUUGGCAGCAGUUCCAUAUACAUUUUCUGAUGAGAGGAACUGCUGGUGAAUGUUUGCCUCACACAUAUCCUAUAAACCACUGCUAAGACAAUGUCAAUGGUCCUUUAAAACAAUGGGAAAGCUCAAAUUUACUAGGAGAAAAUUGUAUCUGUUUGAGUUAUUCACUAAAGUGAGAAUUGUCGAGAAUUCAAAGUGAACGUCUACCUUUACACCAAAAUAGCUGAACUGGAAGCACAGCUGACUAAGAUUUUUCCAAUUGUGCCAUUUCACUUUAAAUUCACAUUAUUUGCCUAAAAGUUCUCUCUCUUUUACUAAAUAACCCUGCUAUAGCAGAACUUGCUACAAGGAACUUGAAACCCUGCUGAUUUACAGAAAUCUAGAUUUGCUUUUUUUGCCUUUUAUAUUUUUAGUACACGUUAAAAAGGUGGCCACCUUCAUGUUGAAAUUUCCUUGUAAAAACCAUCUAGAUAGUGUAUGUGCUGUUGGUCAAAGUAUAAAUAUGCCUAGUUUUACAAACCCACAACUGGACGGUACUGCUGCCUUGUUUUUACCACUUUGCACCUGGAGGACCAAGUCUCUUGGCACAUCAUCUGGGGAACGUGUGGACUUUGGUACUCUGAAGAAUCUAUCGAUUCCCACCGUUUUGCCCUGUCUUGGGGUAAGUGAAGCUACCAAUAAGCGCCUCAGCCAUGGGUACCUCUUCCGAGAUGCCCCUUAUUUUGAUGCUGUUUUUCCACUUCCAGUCUUCAAUGGCAGUGAAGCGGUGGUCACUCAGCUCGCUUUGCUGUUGGAGUCCCAUGCCUGCUUUCUGCAACAUGGUGAUCUGUGAUGCUGGUUCACUGGAUGCAGCCUCCACCGUCGUCAGCCUGCCCGAAAUGCCCUGCUAAUCUGCACAGACUAAUGCUACAUCCGUCUGGAUACUCUUCUGGAGGUCUGCCAGAAGUAGUUUUAGCACUUCAGUAGUCACCGGAGAGUUGUCUUGUCCAGUGUUCUUCAGUGCUGGGCAUGGGGUUACAGGGAGAUCUUCCACCAUGUUAGGCCUCACCGAGCCAUGUGCCUGCCUCAGCAUGUAUUCAAUAUUUAAGCCCAUUUGGGUUUAAUUUUCUUAGUUUUGCAUCCCAUUAUGUUUCCCCUCGCCCGUGGGUGUGUUCCUUGCCAUUUUUGUACCUGUUUUAGGGUCUCUCAAGGGGUUUAUACAGUGUAAUUAUUCAGAGCUCUGUAUGUGUGCAGCCAUUCAGCUCGGCUGUUCGGCUCCGCCCCCUUACUUGAAUUUAUCUUGAAUUAAUUCUAUAUACAUUUUUCUUUUGUUUGGCAGGUUCCAAUUCAUAGUCCCCAAAGAAUGGAAGAGCAAAUACAGACCAGUCUGUAUCCAUUUGGCUGGCACAGGAGAUCAUGUAAGUAUAGCGCUUGUACAUGAGAGGCCAUUAUUCGAGUAACCGCACACAUAGACUGCUCUUUUCCCCAAACUCAAUCCAGGGUUAUAUUUCAUGCUCUUAACCCUUAAAGGACGAAUGACCGUUAUUCUGUCAUGGUUGUCAUAUUUUUAAGGACUCAUGACACCGUUACAUAGCUGAAAAGAGACUUGCGUCCAUCAAGUUCAGCCUUCCUCACAUAUCUUUUUUGCUGUUGAUCCAUUAUUUAGUUAUAAAGUUUUUUUUUAUCUGCAGGGACCAUUUUGAUAGCUGGGACUCCCCUCUGUCAGCUGCGGGUCAUGCUACGUGAUAAAAGCUGUGUGCAUCAGCAAGAGUACCCUUCUGCUGAUAGUCGCAUUCUAACUCCAUUGUCUCAAGGGUUAGGGUUCACCUUAAUGUUUCAGGUUAUGGUUUUUAUUAGUGGUUAGAGCUCUAGUUAAUGUUUAUGGUUAUAGUUACAGUUAGGAAUAGUGUUAGUAUUUAGGGUUUAGCUAGUAUUCCUGGUUAGUGUUACGGUAAGGGUCAGAACUAUUGUUAUCAUUAGGGUUAUAAAUGUUAUAAUUGGUGUUGGCGUUAUAGAGCCGCCUUCACAUUUCUCAUUAAAAAAAAAACACAAAAAAAAACAUGCAGUCUACAGGUAACUAUUUGACCCUGCUUUAAACUUUUUGCAAAGGUAUACACUGGGGUUUUGUUGUACUUGUGAGGUGUAGCUGAGUUGAGGGAACUUUGCUGUAGCAGUACACAGAAAUUUAAAACUUCACAGCAACAUUUUAAAAAGUAUUUUGCUUUUCCUCUCCCUUUGAAUAAUUUUGCUCUACUGCCCUUGAAGAUUCACGAAUAUAUCUGUUUUGUGGUUUUUCUUUUUCUUUGGGGAAGCUUAAACCUCUUUUUGUAUAUUCUACCCAUAAACAGUAUUACUGGAGAAGACGAACUUUAAUGGCACGUCCUAUGCUCAAAGAGGCUGGUAUGGCGUCCCUUUUAUUAGAAAAUCCAUAUUAUAUCCUUUUUAAAAUAAAUCUUGUGUAA